AUGGGCGCCAUGCCACCUGACGACGACUCUUAUUCGCAGCAAAUGGCCAUUUCACCAGAAGAGGAGUUGUUCGACGUACGGCGCAUCGUCACUGCACACAACGUCUUGUGUUCAUUGAAUGUGAAGACCCGUGUGCCGGGGCUCAUCGGUUCGAGUCGCCUUGCGGAUGUGGGCGACGCAUAUCGUCACAGUCGAUUGAUGUUCUUGGGCGAAGAGGACGGCUACCCACUUUCGGAAGAUGACGGCAACAUUCCACUGAACGCAAAUGCGCUACUCCAGUUGCUAUGUGUUGCGCAUAGAGAUGCGUAUGGAAAGGGAAACCCUGUGGUAUUGCUACUGAAGCACGAAGAAGGAGGAGCGAGAAUGCGUAGGAGAUCAGUGGGCGCUGUCCUGGUAGUGGUAUUGUUGGGCAACCUAAUCGAAGCGGUUGAGAAGAAGCGCUAUGGAAAUUGUAUAGUCUAUGACGACGUGACGAAAGACUAUGAGGUUGUGGUCGAGCAAACUGGGGACAAGGAACGAGAGAAGUCACUGCUGCAGACGUUCGGCGAGGCACGGCUCUUCUACUUUCCCACGCUCAUUGAAGAAAUGUGGACGAAGCUUCGCAGCAACAUUAACAUUGAUGUAAAGGACGCCGUAAAGAUCAUGGACGAAUCUGACCCCUAUAGAGACGUGCGGAAAGUAGUGCAAGAGAGGUGUGGUGUCAAAAAGUAA